AUGAACACAACAAUUUUCUUCAUAGCCAAGGAGUAUACCAACCUGUCGCUGAAAUGUAUUUCUACUGGAGAUAUAUUUGAUCAUGUGUUCAAAGAUAUUGAUAAAGACUGAGGGAUGAAUAAUUAUAUCUUGAGGUGCUCUUGACUGCUGAGUGUCUAUCAUAAUUUUAUAAUCGAGCCCCUUUUAAUUAUAGUUUAUAUAUAG